UCAUCUGGCUUUCUACAAUAUUUUUGAGUGUGCUUUUGGGAAUUUGUGUCAAUUUGUGCUGUUAAGGGAAAGAAAAGCAGAAUUUACUAAAGCAUUGGGAUGACUGACAGCCAAAACAAACAAGAUUUUCGUCUGUGUGCAAGGUUCAUUUAUAGGAACUUUGUGUGUGUGUGUGUUUAAUACAUUGAGGAACUGAUGAGUGGCUGUCGGGCGUCACCAUGAUUAAAUACUGUGUUUGUUUGCUGUUUGUAAGUCUAUCUGAGUCGCUUUCUCUUUCUGGAUGGAUUCAGUCUCCAGGUUACCCACAAGGGUAUGAAAUCGACACUAAUAUAACAUGGAGGCGCUGUGCCCCGCCCGGCCACGCCCUCUCCCUCACCCUGCUGCACCUAGACAUGGAGGACAGCAUUGAUUGUGAGAAUGAUGCACUCAAGGUUUUUGUUGACAGCGUGCCCACCUUUAAUUUAUGUGGCAGAAUGACGAUGGAACACCUGCAAUCAUCGAUUAAUCCAUCUUUACAGUCGUCCUCUGGAGGCUGUGUGUCUCUGUCCUUUCAGUCUGAUUACUCCAACACAGAGAGACACACUGGAUUUAGAGCUUUCUACACCAUACAUGAUGUGGAUGAGUGCUGGGAGAACGAUAUUGAAUGUUCUCAUUUCUGCCAUAAUCACAUGGGAGGGUACAGCUGCUCCUGCAAACCAGGAUACUUCCUCGACAAAGAUCAACAUACAUGCCGUGCGAACUGUACAGAAGAACGUUUUGGAGAGGGGGUACUGACAUUACCUGGAAGUCCUGGACCAUAUUUUGAGAAUGCUGAUUGUUCUUUCAAGCUUUCUGUGGAUGAAGGAAAUCAAAUUGUGUUUACAUUUACUGGAGUUUUCGAUGUGGAAAGCAGAAAUGGAGGUUGCAGAGACUAUGUGAUGAUUAAGACGGAGUCUGAGGACUUUGGGCCGUAUUGUGGCAAUAAAGCACCGCCUGAGAUCAUCACCUCUGCACAACAUGUUGAAGUUAUCUUUCAUUCGGAUCAAAAUGAUAAAGCAAACCAAGGCUUCACGCUCGUCUACAAACCAAAAUUGAUGGAAUGUACUAGGAAAGUGACACAGAAGGCUUUUGUGGUUCCACCGAAAGAUCGAUAUGAAGUGGGAGACGUGGUGACAGUGCAGUGUGUGACUGGACAUAUUUGGAACCCUCCUGAUAAGAAAAUAUUCGAGUCCACGUGUCAAUCAGACGGGAAAUGGGAUACCAUACAUUUCUGUGAACCGGUGGAUUGUGGGAAUCCUGAAUUUUCCAAAGCUGAUUUGAGGGUGCUGACUGAGAUGUUUCCAUCUACCUCAUUCAGCCAGAAUGUUACUGUAAAAUGCACUUCAGAGUUUUACCAGCUUGUUGGAAACGCUAAAUUUACCUGUGAUGCUACAGGUGAAUGGGUGUCUGAAGAUGGACAGACAUUUUCCCUAAAUGAACCACAGUGUGUCCCAGUUUGUGGUGUGACUAAUGAAACAUCUGCAGGAGGAAGGGUCUUUGGAGGACAGAAAGCAGAACUUGGGCAAAUACCAUGGCAACUACUUGUUAGAAAACCAAACAGAGGAGGUGCAUCUCUAAUUAAUGACCGCUGGGCCCUUACAGCUGCUCACGUGAUAAAAGACCAUCAACAGCUGGUCUUCUAUGGAGGGAUGGUUGAUGGCCAAGACACAAACAAAAUUGAAAUGAAAACUGAGAAGAUCAUUAUUCAUCCUGGUUAUAAAGAACCAAACUUUAAUAAUGACAUUGCCUUGGUGAAAAUGUCCUCCCGGGUACCGCUCAGUGAAAAGCUUAGACCUGUGUGUCUCCCAGACAAAAAAACUAAUGGCCCAGUCAUGGAAGGACAGAUGGGCACAGUCUCAGGGUUUGGAGGGGUGGCAGUGGGGCAGAUAAGUCAAUAUCUGCUAUACGGACACAUAAAGGAAUAUUCAGAAGGUCCAUGUUUUAAAACUGAUCUGGUGAUCACUGAUAACAUGUUUUGUGCUGGAAAUUAUGAAGAAUCCGUGGACAGCUGUAAAGGUGACAGUGGGGGUCCAGUGGUCAUUCCAAUGGUGGGGGAGGGGUUUCUAAACACACCUUACCGACUCAAGGGAAUUGUGUCAUGGGGUCCUAAGAUAUGUGGAAAUAAAGAUUAUAAAGGCUACUACACUAAAGUGGAGAAUUACCUGGACUGGAUCAGAGAAACGAUGAAGAAUAAUUAAUGCUCAGCUCUAUCAGCAUGAUUACAAGAGCUAUGCUGACCAUUACAUUUCCACUUAUGACAUUUAGCAGGUGCUUUUAUCCUAAGAAAUUCACAAUUGUGAUCAAAUACAAUGCAAGUGAGGGUUAAGGGCCUUGCUCAAGGAUCUAUCAGUGGCAACUUAGCAGUGAUUGGGUUUAAACCAGCAAGAUGCUUUUCUCUGUCUGUUCGAACAUCUGAGUCUCUCACCAUUUUGAAAGAUGAUUAAAGACCCCGCUCUUUACAAAGCACAUAAGCUGAGAGCUAACAUGCACUUACUAAUCUUCUAUAUCAUCUGUCCAAAGAAAAAAAAGGGUCUACCAAUUCCUUUGUUCAGCAAAUUUGUAUCAUUGAACUGUUUUCUACCUGAACUUGAGUAGAGAAAUGUUUAUGUGGAAGCACUUCUGUGAGUCACUCUGGAUAAGAGCGUCUGGUAAAUGCCAAAAUGUUAAUGCACUUUUUAUAGGGUGCAGUCAAACUAGCCUUUUUUAUACAAACACGAGAUGUUACCAGCUGCAAUCAAUCAUAAACAGUAAUAAGGAAUCAGGAGGCCAUGGCACAGAGUUAAAUGAUAUUAUAAAACUUUCUAUACCAUCACAUUAAUCAUUUGUUUGUUUAUCUGUGUCUGUUUUUGACCAAUAAUGUAGCAUACAUUUUUUGCUAAAGAAGCAUCACCAUUUAAAUCUGAAAUACAUGCACAUUCUUUAGAAGUUCAUAUUUGACCUCAUCUGUAUGUUUUAUCAUAUAAACAAUAGUUUCAUUCAAUAUUGAUUAGGAAAGUUUGUGUAGUUUAAACUUUACUAAGUAAACAAAUGAUAAAAAUCCUGAUUUACGGGAAAUCUUCUCUCUCUCUUUAACUUUACUCUUCUUCAGCCAAAUUAAAUAAAUCUGAUUUACACUCUGA